AUGGGGGCUAAGACUGGAAACAAGGCCGCUUACUUCGACAAGCUCAAGGCUCUGCUCGACGUGUACAAGUCGAUCUUCAUCGUCAGUGUCGACAAUGUCUCCUCGCAGCAGAUGCACGAGAUCCGUCACUCCCUUCGCGGGGAGGCGGUAGUCCUGAUGGGCAAGAACACCAUGGUUCGCCGUGCCCUGAAGGGAUUCAUCGGCGAAGAGCCAGAGUACGAGCGACUUCUCGCACACGUCAAAGGCAAUAUUGGUUUCAUUUUCACCAAUAACGACCUCAAAGACAUCCGUUCAAAGAUCCUCGGAAACCGUGUCGCGGCUCCCGCCAAAGCUGGCGCGAUCGCUCCUGACGAUGUGUUCAUUCCCGCCGGAAACACCGGCAUGGAGCCCGGCAAGACCUCUUUCUUCCAGGCUCUCGGUGUCCCGACCAAGAUUGCUCGUGGUACGAUUGAAAUCACGUCCGAUUUGAAGCUCGUCCAGGCCGGUACCAAGGUCGGAGCUUCCGAAGCCACCCUGUUGAACAUGUUGAACAUCUCUCCCUUCACCUAUGGUAUGGCUAUCACCCAGGUCUAUGAUCAGGGCCAGACCUUCGAUGUGUCGAUUCUCGACAUCGAUGAGGCGCAGCUCUUGAAGGCGUUCUCCUCCGCUAUCGGCACGAUCGCGGCGGUUUCCCUUGCUGUCAACUUCCCCACCCUUCCCUCCGUCAUCCACUCCGUCGUCAACUCCUACAAGAAGUUGCUUUCCAUCGCUGUCGAGACCGAGGUCGAGUGGGAGGGCAUCGAGGAGCUCAAAGACCGCAUCCAGAACCCCGACAAGUACGCCGGUGCCGCACCUGCAGCUGCUGCCGGUGGUGCGGCUGCUGCCGAAGCACCGAAGGAAGAGGCGAAGCCGGAAUCGGAUGAGGAAUCGGAAGACGAUGACAUGGGUUUCGGUUUGUUCGAUUAG